AUGACUUCCAGUACUGACAUCUCACUCGGCCUUAAGUAUGACAGUCUGGCUCUACAUGGCGUACAGACAGAUCUACUACCUCCGGAGACGAAGUCUACAGAUGCUACACCGCCACGGGCGACCAACCCAAAAGCAUUCCGCUUCUUCGACCUCCCACGUGAACUGCGCAUACAGGUCUACGAGAACUUAUACCAAGGCUACAACAUCCUACCUGGCUCUGAUGUACAACUCCCUGAGAUAUACAAUAACACAGCGAGGAACCUCAAAGAGUGGAAGUGUGGCAGAGUAAAGUACGCUUCGAGGCUACAACUCGUCGAUCAUCAAUUUCGAGACGAGUACCUCAAAGUCUGGGCUGAAAGGCACGUCCAUAAUGCCAAAAUCAACCUGAACUUCUGGUCUCAUGUCCGGAGAGCCGAACCACGAGACCUAGCUCCACCCAAUCAAGGGCGACGAACUGGCAAACAACUUCUGAGUGUUUCCCGCAUCGCCGAAGCAGUCUGGCUGCGCCUUCGCGAUUGCCUACAGACCAUCGAGACUCGUUUCGGUGUCGCCAAUCGGGUCAGGCAUGUCAAGCUGCACGACAGCGUUGUAUACGACACAACGUGCCCGGAUGAGCUACGUGAACCUCUUAGCCUUCUUCGGGCGCUUCCUCUCCCGUCCAUGGUGGCGCAACUACAGCGUCUUGAUGCCACUCUCGCUCAUUCUAGCCUCUCUGUCGAGCUUACGAUCCUGACAACGCAUCCUCUCAAGACCUUCUGGGGCACGCUAGACUACAGGCGGGCGAGGCGCCGAGUAGUGAUGCGGCAGGCACAUAGAUUUGGGGAUGGUGGUGUGACUUCCAGAUUUGAGCAGGAAUGGAUUUGUGAUGGGGAUGUGAUGGAGCAGUGGCUCGAGCGAACGGAGGAGGAGGAGGAGGAGGAGGAGGAAGAGGAUGGGGAGCCGGCUAUCAGAGAGUGGGUGGUGGUCAAGGCCUGA